CUGCAUUCUAUAUGUAAUCGUUCAUCUUAUUUGAAGAGAAUCCAGCCACACAUGCCGAAGUCGGCGCAGUCCUAGGUCCAUUGGCGGCCCCUCAUACGUGCGCCUCUCCUCUUCCACGCGAUCGCCGUCAUAAGACUGGUUCUUGCAGCUCACACAUACACUCCAUGAUAAUAAGGUCAUUCAUUGACUUUCUUCUGUGCGGUACCAAAGGUUUGCAACAUGGGCAAAAUCGCAAAGAUUGAAUAUUUCCGCGUCCCGCCUCGGUGGCUGUUUGUCAAGAUCACCGACGACGCGGGCAUCGUUGGUUGGGGCGAGGCCUCGCUCGAGGGGCACACGCAGGCUGUCGAGGGCUGUCUGGAUGCCUGGAUUGACCAGUACACGGGCAUGGAGGCUGACGACAUUGAGCACAUCUGGCAAAAGACAUGGCGCAUGGGCUUCUACCGCGGCGGACCUGUCUUCAUGUCCGCCCUCGCCGGCAUCGACAUUGCGCUCUGGGACAUUAAGGCGCGCAAGCUCAAUGUCCCCAUCUACCAGCUCCUCGGCGGCAAAGUCCGCUCUACCCUCAAGGUCUAUGCCUGGAUCGGCGGUGAUCGUCCCGCCGACAUUGAGGAGCAGGCUCUCAGCCGCAAGGCGCAGGGCUUCACGGCCGUCAAGAUGAACGGAACCGAGGAUGUGGGCUGGCUCGACUCGCCCCACACGCUGGAUAGCUGCGUCGAGCGUGUCAAGGCCGUCAAGGCGCUGGGCCUCGAUGCGGGUGUGGACUUUCACGGACGCGUGCACCGACCCAUGGCGAAGCAACUCGCCGCCGCAUUGGCAGAGCAUAAGCCCAUGUUCAUCGAAGAGCCGCUUCUUUCAGAGCACAUGGAGGGGAUCAAGAGUCUGAGCGCGCUCACGACGAUACCCAUAGCACUGGGCGAGCGGCUACACUCCCGUUGGGACGUGAAGCCCUUCCUCGAGGCGUCGUGCAUCGACAUACUGCAGCCAGACAUCUCGCAUGUCGGCGGCAUCUCCGAGCUCAGACGGAUAGCGGCCAUGGCAGAGGCGUACGACGUCGCGAUCGCACCGCAUUGUCCUCUCGGCCCGAUCGCGCUGGCGGCGUGCAUCCAGGUCGAUGCCACACUGGCCAACUUUGCGAUUCAGGAGAUGAGUCUGGGCAUUCAUUACAAUACCGGGGGUCACGACCUGCUGUCCUAUAUCAAGAACCCGGAGAUAUGGGAUGUCAAGGACGGCUACAUCAAGCUAAUGGAGGGCCCAGGGUUGGGUAUCGACAUUGACGAGGACAAGGUGCGGGAGUUGAGCAAGGGUGCCGAGGCGUGGGUGAGCCCUGGCUUUGUUGGGCCAGGCGGCGAGUGGCGCGAGUGGUAGGGCCCUUCGGUGGAAGAACGAUCAAUUUUGUGAGAUGACAGGACUUUGAAGAGUUAGUUUGGCACAUGAGCUUCCAGUUGAUAUGCAGCUUAUCAUGGCGGAGCGACCUUUGUUUACCAUUGCCCCUUUUCAUCCUCGACGACCCCAAGGCUCGUCACUGCCAGCCUC